AUGGCCAAAUUAUUCAUCGGUGGCCUAGCAUGGCAUACCACAGACGAGACUCUGCGUGCGGGAUUUGAAAAGUUUGGCACCAUUGAAGAAGCCAUCGUCAUCAAGGACCGGGAUACCAACCGCAGCCGUGGAUUCGGAUUUGUGCGCUUCGCGACCGAUGCCGAGGCCGACGCUGCAAUUGACGGCAUGAACAAUCAGGACUUCGAUGGCCGUGUCAUUCGAGUCGACCGAGCAUCCAACAAUGCCAGUUCGCGUGGAAACGAUGGCGGUUUCCAUGGCCGUGGAGGAUACAACCGUUUCGAAGGUGGUAACAACCGUGGAGGCUACAGCGGCGGUGGUUAUGGUGGUCACGGAGGCUGGGGUGGCGGCAAUCAGUACCAAGGUCAAGGAGGACAAGGUCCUGCCUAA